GCCGAGGAGGAGGAGGAGGAGGAAAUCCAUGUUUUGCAAGUCUCUGUGGAACAUAAAACUCCGUGUGUGCCCGGAUAUCUCUAGAGAGAGGAUUCCCAAGCUCCUCGUCACAUCCAAACUCAAAGUGGGUGACAGUGAACCAUGGAGCUCCGUGUGGGGAAUAAGUACCGCCUGGGCCGGAAGAUCGGCAGUGGGUCCUUCGGAGAUAUCUACCUGGGUGCCAACAUCGCUUCUGGUGAAGAAGUUGCCAUCAAGCUGGAAUGUGUGAAGACAAAACACCCCCAGCUGCACAUCGAGAGCAAGUUCUACAAGAUGAUGCAGGGAGGAGUGGGAAUUCCGUCCAUCAAGUGGUGCGGGGCCGAGGGUGACUACAAUGUGAUGGUCAUGGAGCUGUUGGGGCCCAGCCUUGAGGACCUCUUCAACUUCUGCUCCCGCAAGUUCAGCCUCAAGACAGUGCUGCUUCUGGCCGACCAGAUGAUCAGCCGCAUUGAGUACAUCCACUCCAAGAACUUCAUACACCGGGACGUCAAGCCCGACAACUUCCUCAUGGGGCUAGGGAAGAAGGGCAACCUGGUGUACAUCAUUGAUUUCGGCCUGGCCAAGAAGUACCGGGAUGCCCGCACCCACCAGCACAUCCCAUACCGGGAAAACAAGAACUUGACUGGCACCGCCCGCUAUGCCUCCAUCAACACCCACCUGGGCAUCGAACAGAGCCGCCGAGACGACCUGGAGAGUCUGGGCUACGUGCUCAUGUACUUCAACCUGGGCUCCCUGCCCUGGCAGGGCCUCAAAGCAGCCACCAAGCGCCAGAAGUACGAGCGGAUCAGCGAGAAGAAGAUGUCGACACCCAUUGAGGUCCUCUGCAAAGGCUACCCCUCUGAGUUCUCAACAUACCUCAACUUCUGCCGCUCCCUGCGGUUCGAUGACAAGCCCGACUACUCCUACCUGCGCCAGCUCUUCCGCAACCUCUUCCACCGGCAGGGCUUCUCCUACGACUAUGUCUUCGACUGGAACAUGCUCAAAUUCGUGAGUCACCCGGAGGCCGAGGCGGGCGUGGGGAGCUGCACAGGGAAGGCCCUGACUCAGAAGGCCAAAGUGACCCUGUGGUGGGCGGGGCUCCCAAAACACAGGAGCUAUGAGCUGAACUGUGCGAGUGACUUCACUGGCAUCCCAGAGCCCCCUCAGUCCCUCCACUCCUGUCUCAUCAGUGUGGACAGCAUGUACUGCUGUGGUCAGCAGGGCCCAGGCAGGGCAUUGCCUCCCACAAGGCCCAGGAGGACCUGGCUGGGCCUCCAGUCCCUCCUAGGCACCUGCGGCCGGGCGUGGAUGGCGCUGGCGGGCCCCCCCGCUGUGGUGAUCGUGGCCUGCACCAUCCUGCUCCUGUUGUUCUGCACGUCCCAGGUGGCCGCCUUCCCUGUAGCCCCUCUGGCCAGCCUGGACCCAUUCAGUGUGGUUUCUUUCUUUCUGGCCACAGGACCCUGGGCCUUGCUAGGUGGUUGUUCUGUCUCCCUCUUUUAAGAGUGUUGGGGGGUGGGGGGGGAGCAGUCGUCAGCCACGCCUGGAGCUCUGGAGUCUGGAAUCGUGAAAAUGACUUGUUUCACAUCUCUUCUGGGAAAGGGGGCUUCCUCUAGCCAGGCUCAGCCCCGUGACAGAGAAGCUAUUGCACUGCCCUGUCCCCACCCCCGUCCCUGUGCUGGGCCCACGU